AUGCCCGUUGACCAUUCUCCCGUCAAAGAAGUGGUUCCAGCGGCCAACGACAUGGAGGAAAGCCAAAGUUCCACCGUCAGAGAAUUUGGCUCCGUUCCAGACGUCACCAAAUUGAACCGUCAACGCACUCACCUGGAGUGGCAGCUUGACCGUUUAGAACAGAUGUUCGUCAAACACAGCACCGACGUUCACUCGCUGAAAACCAUAUCAGACCGAGUGAAGGUGCUUGCUUUGGACUAUAAACAAUGGUACGACUCGAUCUUGGACGUUGUGAGCGACGACCAGGCUCAGGAGGCAAUCGAGCGAUAUGGCGUGUUCGACGACAGGGUAUUCGAGUUAAGCAAAAACAUCGAGUACCAGUUAGCAUCGCAGAUCCCAUUGCCUACAACACCAAUCCCAGUUUUCGGCAGUGAACAGAAACCCACGACAGUCCCGGUGCGUGCAAGACUUCCCGAAAUCGUGCUACCACAUUUCGACGGAAAUAUUCGCGACUGGCCUGCCUUCCGUGACGCGUUUCAAUCACUGAUACAUUCGUCAGAACAGCUGACCGAAUGUGACAAACUACAUUACCUUGCUGCGUCGCUAACGAAGGACGCACGCGCGGUGAUCGACGCUUUGGAAAUUACAUCCAAAAACUACGACGUAGCCUGGAAGCUGUUGUCUGAGCGCUACGAAAACAAGUACCUCAUCGUCAAAACCACCGUUGAGGCGUUAUUCAGCAUAUCACCGCUGAGGAGAGAAUGUGCAGAUUCUCUAAGCCGACUUGUCGACGAUUUCGAGCGUAACCUACGAAUGCUCGAAAAGGAAGGCGAGAAACCAGAUGCAUGGAGCACGCUGCUGGUGUUCAGGCUAAGUUCGCUGCUGGAUCCAACAACCCUGCGUCAUUGGGAGCUUCACCGGAAGUCUACGACCAUCCCAACGUACAAAGACUUAGUGCAAUUCGUCCGCAACCAUUGCCAUGUACUGAAGUCUUUCUCCAAGCCAGCCAGCGGAGCCAGAACCGGAGACACCAUGCGCAGCAACCCUCGAGUGCAAACCAUCCAUGCUGCGACCAGUGCUGUGAAUAGUGUUGCGUACAACGAAAAGUGCAAAUUGUGCGGUAUUUCAAAACAUUCAGUGUUCCGGUGUGAAUUGAUCAACAAUAUGAGUGUUGCAGAUAGAAAGCAACUAGCACAGUCGAAAGGAUUGUGCUUCAACUGCCUUUCUCCAGCUCAUCGUUUACGACAGUGUACAUCAAGCGGAUGCAAGAUCUGCCAACAACGGCAUCAUACGUUGCUGCAUGAAGCAGCACCAGCAACUGAGGCGUCGGAUGCUCCAGCCACGAGUUCGAUCUGUCCUCCUCAGUCCCUUACCCACUGUUCCAUCCAGAUCGAAAACAGUGUUGUGUUGCUGCAAACCGUGCUGGUCCAAGUAGAGGACAAUCACGGACGAUGUCAUCUAGCACGUGCCUUGCUGGAUUCCGGAGCACAACUCAACAUCGUUACCGAGCGCCUUACUCAACGGCUGGGUGUGGCGAAACGGCGAGAGAAUCAUCGCAUCGGAGGAAUUGGAGAAGUUUCCGUGACGUCACAACAUUCGGCUGUGUUAAGGAUCCAUUCUUUAGACAGUGAAUACAAAGCGUCCGGAAAGUUCCACGUACUCAGCAAGCUCACUCGUGAGCUCCCAUCAACCCGUAUCAACACAAGCAGCUGGCAGAUACCUCGUCAAGUUCAGCUGGCCGAUCCUUCGUUUCACAGUCCUGGCCCGAUCGACCUCAUCAUCGGCGCAGAGCUGUACUACGACGUCGUUAAGGAAGGACUCAUCAAGCUAUCCCACGAAAGAGUGACACUCCAAAACACUGCUUUUGGUUGGGUGAUAGCAGGUAGAGUCAAUGUUCAUGCACCAUCACCAUCUUCAUCCAUCGUUGGACACGUCUGCAGUACGAGCAUCGAAGAGCAGCUGAGCAAAUUCUGGGAGUUGGAGUCAUGCCGAGCUACCAGCACAUUAUCCGUCGAGGAGAGCAACUGUGAGAAACAGUUCGCAGCCACCACCACCAGAGACACCGACGGUCGAUUCAUCGUGCAGCUACCGAAACGAGAGGACAAGCUGGCUCGUCUUGGGGAUUCGAAAGGGAUAGCCACACGCCGGUUCCUUGCCUUGGAACGUCGGCUAUCCUCGAAUGCCUCAUUGAAGACAGCUUAUACUCAAUUCAUCGAGGAGUACGCAGAACUUCAGCACAUGACAGAAGUAGCCGAGAGCGAUGCUACAACUUCAUCACCAUCAUACUAUCUCCCACAUCACUGCAUCGUGCGACCAGAUAGUACUACCACUAAACUCCGAGUGGUGUUCGACGCUUCGUGUGCAUCAGACACCGGAACAUCUUUAAACGAUGCACUGAUGAUCGGACCCACAAUCCAAGACGACCUGAUGUCCAUUCUAUUGCGGUUUAGAAUGUCGAAAUUUGCCCUGGUAGCAGACAUCGAGAAGAUGUACCGGCAAAUCAACAUAGCUGCCAUCGAUCGUCCGCUGCAACGAAUCCUGUGGCGAAAUUCUCCAACCGAGCCGAUACGAACGUUCCAGCUCAACACCGUCACCUACGGCACAUCAUGUGCUCCGUAUUUGGCCACCAAAACCCUGCAAGUGCUAUCUCAGGUCGGAGCUAGCACCCACCCCGAAGCAGCAACCAUCCUCGGACGAGACUUCUACAUGGACGACAUGCUGACCGGCGUAAAUAACAUUCCCGAGGGUCAACGAGUAUGUCAGCAACUCAUCGAUCUCCUGGCUUCUGGUGGAUUCUGCUUGCGGAAAUGGGCCACCAACAACAAGCAGAUCUUCGAACAUCUGCCCCAGCAUCUGCAAGAUGAAAGGACGAUUCUCAACUUGGAUGCGAAGUCACCGAUCAUCAAGACACUCGGACUGAAGUGGAACGUUUCCACCGACGCCUUUGUGUUCAACAUCCCACGCUGGAACGCAGACAACAUCAUCACCAAACGAAACGCGCUUUCGGAUGUCGCGAAACUGUUUGACCCAAUCGGACUGGUUGGACCAGUUAUCAUCCAAGCCAAGCUGUUCCUUCAAGAGCUGUGGAGAUGUCAGAUCGCCUGGGACGAGCCGUUGACACCAGCACUACAAAACCGAUGGCUCCUGUUUCGCGAGAAGUUGGCCAUGCUGCAAACGAUCCACAUUCCACGCUGGCUCUUGACCGAUCAACGAGCAACGAAUCUACAAAUGCAUUGCUUUUGUGAUGCAUCCGAGAAGGCAUACGGAGCGGCGAUUUACCUGCGUGCGACCAACCCCGAUGGACGUGUGACAACCAACCUCAUCACUGCAAAAUCCAAAGUGGCACCACUAGCAGACUCCCGUAAGCAAAAGCGUGUUUGCUUACCCCGACUGGAGCUUUCUGCAGCACUGCUACUGGCACACUCGUACGAGAAGGUGUCAGAAGCCUUGAAGCUUCAGGUCGAGACCAUCUUUUGGUCUGACUCAACCAUCGUCCUGCAUUGGUUGUCUGCAACUCCGUCACGCUGGAAAACCUUCAUUGCUAACCGGGUGUCCGAGAUCCAACACAUCACUCACGGAAAGGAGUGGAGACACGUACCCGGAACGGACAAUCCUGCGGACAUCAUCUCUCGAGGAAUGGAUACGGAUCAGCUGGAAAAUUCAAACCUUUGGUGGCACGAACCAGACUGGCUGGCGCAACCAUCAGAGGAAUGGCCGAACACUCAUCAACCUCGACAGGAAGAAUUCACCACAGACGAAUUGGAGGAGCGACCAAUCUGCAUGGCUGCACAAUCCGUGGCUCCGAACGAACUUUUAGCCUCCGUUCAACGUUCACCGGACUGCAACGUCUGGUUGCGUGGCUAA